CAGCUUACAUAUCACGCAAACUCAGUAUCUUCAUUUCCUAUAAGCAGGUGACGCACAAGAAACUCUCAAGUCUUCAUCCAAGCUCAAUUACAAUCUCAUCGAUUCUCUUUGAAAUUCUUGCCGCUUCAUCACUCAGGUGGUCAGGGAUGUCGACGCCGGCGAGGAAAAGAUUGAUGAGGGAUUUUAAGAGGUUACAGCAGGAUCCUCCUGCCGGCAUCAGUGGUGCUCCUUUUGACAACAAUAUUAUGCUCUGGAAUGCUGUUAUAUUCGGUCCUGAUGACACACCUUGGGAUGGAGGUACGUUUAAGCUCACACUUCAAUUUACGGAGGAUUACCCCAACAAGCCUCCAACUGUGCGGUUUAUUUCCAGGAUGUUCCAUCCAAAUAUUUAUGCCGAUGGAAGUAUAUGCUUGGACAUACUGCAAAAUCAGUGGAGUCCUAUAUAUGACGUAGCUGCUAUACUUACUUCAAUCCAGUCUUUGCUCUGUGAUCCAAACCCAAACUCGCCAGCUAAUUCAGAAGCAGCACGCAUGUUUAGUGAGAAUAAGCGCGAGUACAACAGGAAGGUGCGUGAGAUUGUUGAGCAGAGCUGGACAGCAGACUAAGAUCUCUCAGGCUGAAUCCUUUAUGGGAGAUUUUCCUGUUGAGUUUUACAGGUGUGCAGCUGAAAUACCCACUGCUUGGAAACCUACCUCCAUGGUGUGUAUUGACUAAGAAGAGCUAUAUAAGCAGUUAACUUUGUUUCAGCUGGUACGGCUGCUAAUGAUGAGCCAGGGUUUGAGGCGAAAGAGCUCAGAAGAUGGCUUGCCCAUAGAAAGGAGGUUUUAGGGAUUGGAAACAGCAACUGCUUUGAUUUAUACGCUUUUUCAUGUUAAUGUAUUUAGAUGACAAGAUUCUAUCUGGCAACAUAAGAUGAUCACUAGAUUAGGAUAUUUGGCUCUCUCGACCCUCGAUUAUUAAGAUCUCUGUGUCACCUAUAAUUACCUUUGAUAACGAUUGUUUAUUGUUUUGAA